GAGCAGAUCGGCCCCGGAUUGGUGCAGGUCUGACCGGCCCCGGACGCCGCAGGACGCAGGCGCGCCUCCCGCUGCGGCGGUGAGGAGGAUGCUCCUCUAAGUUUGAGCGGAUCUAACUGGGACCGGUCACCGCCACUGCUCAGACAUAUUGGUUUUUCCAUUCAUCUGGGAUCGAAUACGGCGUGUCACCCUGGAUAUAAUUUGCACUAUGGAGGAGGGGAAGGAGAAGCCCAAGAGGAGGCCCCUGGUCAGGGCCGCGUCGGAGGAGAGCUCCAGCGACCUGAGUUCAUUGGGUCACUCUCCAUCUCCCGGGGACACGCUGCCUUGGAACCUGCCCAAACACCAUCGCAUGAAGCGCUCCAAGUCCGCCUCUGGAGACGUGCUGGACCCCGCGGAGAGGGCCGUCAUCCGCAUCGCAGGUGAAUCUGGGCAGCCACCAGUACCUCUUCUCAGUGGACGUGAACCCCUCUGAAAUGCCCUGCUUCUGCCUCAGACACGAUGUGGACGCUCUGGUGUGGCAGCCUCGUCCCGACCAACCCAGUGACAUGUGGGAGCACGUGGCCACGUUCAACGCUUUGGGCUACGUCCAGGCGUCCAAACGGGACAAAAAGUUUGCGACCUGCGCCCCCAACUUCUCCUACGCCACGCUGGGCGAGUGUCUCCGCCGGGCCUUCAUCUACCGACAGCCGGCGCCGGUGGAGACGGUCCUCUUCAACCGGAAGCAGGGCCGUCAGGUGGGACAGGUUGCUAAGCAACAAGUGGCCAGCCUGGACUCGGAUGAGCCAAUCCUCGGCUUCAGAGCAACCAACGAGAGGCUGUACGUCCUGACCUCCGGGCGCCUCUUUGUUCUAAAGGUCAAUAAUAAUUAGAUGUAGGGACUCUUGUUAGUUUUAGACAAACCCCCUCCUCCCUCCUCCCUCCUCCCUCCUCCCCCCUCCCUCCUCCCUCCUCCCCCCUCAGAGCUUGAUCCUUUCAAACUGAAGAUCUGUCAUCUGGGUUUUUACAUUUGAGCUGUCUGUACUGAAGUUUUUGUUUGUUUCACCUCCCACAAGAUGUCUGUGGUCAAAAAGUGAAGAAUCAUGUUCCAAAAGAGAAAAGAUGCUAAUAAACCGGAGCCAAAUGUUUUCAUAGUAAGCAAAUGAUUAUUAUUAUGAUUAAAUAGCCAUGUCAUUUCUUUCAAAGCUUGAAUAUAAAUGUCACAUA